AUGGCUUCCCCGCUGAAGCUAGAACAGGACAUGCAGGGGAAAGUAGACUCAUUUCGGGCCCGGAUUGCACAGGAGGCCGAGGAUCUCGUGUCCACCUUCUUCCCUCAGAAGCUUUCGGAGCUGGAUAGCCGAGUCCAGGAGCUCCGUCUGCAGGACCUGUCCAGAAUCCGUUCAGUGCCAGCCCUGGAGCCCCCUUCCGCCCCAGACACCGCGGGGGAUGGGCCCAACAGGGACCCGCCGCCUCUCCAGACCCAGUCCUCAGUCAAGGUGCCGGUACUACCCGGCCGCGAGGGACAGCUGCUGCGGAGCAACCAGCAUCUAGUGGAGUUAAUUGAGCGGGUCAAACCUGAGAUCGAGCUGCUGAGAGAAAAAUGCAACACAGUCAGGAUGUGGGUACAGCUGCUCAUCCCCAAGGUGGAGGAUGGCAACAAUUUCGGAGUGUCUAUUCAGGAGGACACCGUGGACCAGCUGUGGACCGUGGAGAGCACAGCGGCCUCCUAUCUACGUCGCUUCUCCACUUACUACAACACCCGGGCCAAGUUGGUAUCCAAGAUAGUGAAGUACCCCCAAGUGGAAGAUUAUCGUCGCACUGUAGCGGAGGUCGAUGAAAACGAGUACCUGAGUGUGCGCCAGAUCCUGCUGCACGUGCGGAACCAGUAUGCCACCUUGCAUGAUGUAAUUCUCAAAAACAUUGAGAAAAUCAAGACCCCUCGGAGCACCAACACCGAUAAUCUGUACUGAGGACCUUCCACUACCCCACUUCCCAUCAGGAGUUGGCCGAGCUGCUUAAGCAGCUAGCAGGCUGGUUAUUAAUGACUAUACUGGUGAUGAAACGACUGGAAAUGUGCAUUACCAUUUAGUUAGACUUUCAUACAGCUUAUCCUCAUACUGAAUCCUCUUUUGGUGUAAUUAUUAUUUGACUUUCUUUUCUUGGGGAAAAUAGGGACAAACCAUCUGGUAACAUGUGUGAAGGUUGGCCAAGGAGAAAGGACUGCCAUUUUUAAAAGCAGUUUUGUAGACGAAUGUUGGCAAAGAUUUCUUUAUUAUGACAUUGGUGACAUUGAA